AUGCGAGUCGAGUGGGUAGGCGGGACGGACAUCCCGCCACUGCGCGCAGGUCGCGUCGCCAUUCUCCCGCUAUAAAGGCGCGGUGCCGAGGCCGGCGGCCGUCAGUUGCUCUCCCUGGACCCAGCGCUCAGAGUAUGGUUUGUCGACAACACUCCAGACCUCUUAUGUUGAGCGGUGCUACGGAUUGGCGCAAACAUCAGGCCACUCUCUGCCUCAAGUUGUCAUUCAGCGAGGACUUCAGAGAACGUCUCUUCUAGUGCGUCCUGUCAGUUGACUCUGUGUUGCUGGCGCGAUCAUGAAGGCCGCCGACCUGGACACCCCAAUCGCAAUCAAACUGCUCACAGCUGGCUCUGCUGCCUGCGUUGCUGACUUCGCCUCCUUUCCUCUCGACACCGCUAAAGUUCGACUACAGAUCCAGGGUGAGGGGCGCGCGUUGGUGACUGUGAACACUGGCAGCGCCCUGCUGGUGCGGCCCCCCCGUGCAGUGCAGUACCAUGGCCUGGUGGACACCAUCAUCACCAUAGCACGCCAAGAGGGCGCCAGGAGUCUGUACAACGGGCUGUCUGCCGGACUGCAGCGCCAGAUGUGCUUUGCCUCGGUCCGCCUGGGACUGUACGAUUCUGUCAAGACUCUGUACCAGCAACUGCUAGACGGUAACCGCAGCGGUGGACUGAACAUCGGGACGCGGGUUGCCGCCGGCCUCACGACAGGCGCACUGGCCGUUCUGUUGGCCCAGCCCACUGAUGUUGUGAAGGUGAGGUUUCAGGCGCAGCAGCGAGCGCUGGGAACACAAACAGCCCCUCGCUACAAGUCCACACUGCAGGCGUACCGAAUGAUCGCCAAGCUGGAGGGUGCUCGUGGGCUUUGGAAAGGAACAUUCCCCAAUGUGAGCCGCAAUGCAAUCGUCAAUGUAUCCGAGAUCGUGUGCUAUGAUGUAGUGAAGGACCUGAUCUUGCAGCACAAUCUCAUGAAGGAUUCGGUGCCCUGUCAUUUCACCUCAGCUGUCAUCGCAGGAUUCUGCACAACUGUUGCAGCAUCCCCUGUUGACGUGGUGAAGACACGCUACAUGAACUCGGCGCCCGGGGAGUACCGCAGUGCAGUGGAGUGCUCACUGCGCAUGUUUGCCCAGGAGGGUCCUGCAGCCUUUUAUAAGGGCUUCAUUCCAUCGUUUUGCCGCUUGGUGUCUUGGAACAUCGUGAUGUGGAUUACAUAUGAGCAGUUUAAACUUACAAUCGCCAACUUGCGCCGGGAUCAUAACUGAAUGCACAAAUUAUUAGUUAUUUUGAACUUAAGCCAAGAGGAUAUCGUGAAGUUUGCCAUUACAUGAUUUUGGUAGCACUUGUAGAUCUCUUUUGACUAUUGCAUUUUGGAACAAAGGUAAGUGGGGAAGUUAUUGGAUUUCAUUAGAACCAAAUAAUGUCUGAUAUUCGUACAAUUUAGUUUUGUGUUCUGGUAGAUGGCAAUUCCAUGACAACCUGUUGUGAUAUUAGGUAUUGUAAAUUUCAGAAUGUAUCUCUUGCAAAGUGAUGUAAGUGACAUUGACUUUGUUGAAAUAAGUGAAUGGUGUAUACCCUCAAUAGCGUAUUCUGUGGUCAUAAAGAUGAGCCUAAACCUUUGAGUGUGUUAAAUGAGAAUAAAUAUAUUUUUUAUUUUAUUGUAGGAAUAAGGUAAUGAAAACCAUAAUCAUUAGUCUGAAUGUUAUAUUUGACCAAUAAAGUCUCACUUUGUUGUCUUAA